AGAUUUUACAAAGAAAAAAGGAAAGAGAAAGAAAUAAAAGCAUAGUCGGCGCCCAUUGUCCCCCUCGCCGACCAAAAUCAUAACGUCAUUUUCAACCUCAUCAUACCAUACCAUACCCACCUCCCUCGAUUUCUUCCACUCUCUUUAUUCUUAAACCCUUUCUUUCUCUCUUUCUUUAUUUUUUUUUUCUAUCUUUCGUUACCUGGUUCUUCCGAAUUACGUUUUUUUUCUUCUAUAAAUCGGAAGAUACCAGUUUUUUUUUUCUUUCUUUCUAACCUAGUUUUUACGUUUCUUAAUUUCUUGUUCUUUCUGAGAAUUAUGAAAGCUACUACGGUUGAAGGAUCUAUGGUUGGUGGUGAAAGGUUUGAUGAUGUUGAAAAAGAUAAGAAAAAGAAGCGCCGAUCCAAUCGUCGUAACAAGCAAAAUCCUCCUUCAUCAGCAUCUGAAGUAAAUGAAGCUAUUGGCGUGUCUCCAGAAUGCUCGGGGAAAAAUGGAACACCUGUUCAACCAUCUGGAUCUGUUAGCAAUUCAUUGGCACCGAGUGAUGACCCGAUUUCGAUCCCUCUUAUACCAUAUAAUGGUCCGGUGGCACCUGCUGAUAUGCAGAAAAUGCUAUUACAUUUAAGAACACUGGUUUUACAAAAUUCGCCAGAGCCCGUUGGUUGCUUGGAGUCAUCAGGAACUAAUGAAAAGAAAGACUCUGCUCGUUACAGUAAAUUCGGUCUUUCUGGCCAAAGAAAUUAUUUUAGUCCACAUUGGUCCGUUGAAGUGGUUGAGAAGGCAUUGGAGAGGGGGGAUGUUUUCAAAGCUACCUUUCGCGUGAAUGCUCACAACAGAACUGAGGCCUACUGCAGCAUUGAUGGAGUACCAACGGAUAUUCUCAUUGUUGGGGCUCCAGCCCAGAAUAGAGCUGUGGAAGGCGAUAUUGUUGCAAUUAAGAUUGAUCCUUUGCCAUUGUGGACAAAAAUGAAAGGACCAAAUGUGGCUAACAACAAUACUGCAGUACUAGAAGGUUGUAACCUUCUCGUGGAAGACAAUAUAGCGGGAGAUAACAACUGUGAAGGAAUAGAAAAGGUAGAUGCUGACCACGAGUAUUCUGGUCAAAACAAGGAAGAAUCUUUUGACAACUCCUCCCCUUAUAGAAGUUAUCCAUUUCCUGAAAAAAGAUACAUUUAUGAGAAUAAUACUACACAGGGUUCACCUAACCAUUUAAGUUUAAUUGGACUAACCGGCCGUGAUAACAAUGAUGGACCUAACUGUGAUUCACCUGCUUCCAUAAAGAUUAAUUCUGGUAGUGGACAGAGUGAAGUUAUGAAUGCAGUAGAGAAGAUCUGUUUGUUGGUUAAUUCUUUCCCUUCCAAAAGACCAACUGGCAGGGUGGUUGCUGUUAUUGAGAGGUCUCCACGCCGAGAGUGUAUAGUUGGUCAUCUUAAUGUGAAGCAAUGGGUUUUUUCCCAGGAAAUAAACAAGAAAGAUCCAAGGAAGAAUAAGAAUUCAGUUUCUGAGCAUGAAUAUAUCCAACUGACACCAAUUGAUCCAAAGUUUCCUAACAUAAUGCUUCUUGUUAGAGAUUUACCAAAGAGCAUUAAGAUAAGGCUGAAAAACGGUGAUGCUGCAAUUGAGAAGGAUCUGGUAGCUGCACAAAUUGUUGAUUGGUUUGAAGAAAGUCCUUUUCCCGAGGGCGAUAUUUUGCAACACUUUGGGCGAGGCAGUGAAAUUCAGCCGAACCUAGAUUCUAUUUUGUUUAAGAAUGCAAUCUGUUUGUCUGAAUUUUCAGCUGAAGCUCUGUCCUGCCUGCCGCAUGCUACUUGGGAGUUACCAUUGAAGGAAUUGCAAAGUCGAACUGACCUUAGAAAUUUGUGCAUUUUUUCUAUUGAUCCUUCAACUGCAACUGAUUUGGAUGAUGCACUGUCAAUUGAGAAGCUGCCUAAUGGAAAUUAUAGAGUAGGCAUCCAUAUUGCUGAUGUAUCAUACUUUGUUCUACCGGACACAGCUUUAGAUGUUGAAGCCCAGUUUAGGUCAACAAGUGUUUAUCUGUUGCAAAAGAAGUUACCAAUGUUGUCUGCAUUAAUCUCAGAAAAUAUUGGAUCACUUAAUCCUGGAGUGGAUCGACUAGCAUUUUCCAUGCUUCUGGAUUUAAAUGUUGCUGGGGAUGUUGUAGACCGUUGGAUUGGUCGUACUGUUAUUCAAUCUUGCUGUAAGCUUUCAUAUGAACAUGCACAAGACAUAAUUGAUGGAGCUUUUAAUUUUGAGAGUUCAAGCUUUCAUGAAGAUGGCUAUCCUAAAUUACAUGGCCGUUUUGGUUGGCCUGAUGUUAUUACUUCUUUGAAGAGUCUCUAUGAAAUUUCAAAUGUUUUGAAACACAAGAGAUUUGCUGGAGGGGCUCUACGGCUUGAUAAGCCCAAAAUUGUUAUCCUGUCUGAUGAGAAUGGCAUCCCUUAUAAUAGUACAUUUUCUGAACAAAAAGAAUCAAACCUUCUUAUUGAGGAGUAUAUGCUUUUGGCCAAUACAACAGCGGCUGAAAUUAUUUGUAGAGCAUAUCCUGAUGUUGCACUAUUGAGGAGACAUCCUGAACCUAAUAUGCGGAAGCUGAGAGAGUUUACAGCUUUUUGUCAGAAGCAUGGUUUAAAUUUGGACACUUCUUCAUCUGGUCAUAUCCGUUCGUCCUUAGAGCAGAUGAAGGAAAAGCUCAAGGAUGACCCUGUGCUUUAUGAUAUACUUAUUUCCUAUGCUUCUAAACUAAUGCAGUCGGCGUCUUACUUCUGUAGUAGUGAUUUAAAGGAUAAUGAACAUGAAUGGGGUCAUUAUGCACUGGCUGUCCCUUUAUACACUCAUUUUACAUCACCUUUACGUCGGUAUGCAGAUAUUGUUGUUCAUCGGACACUACUAGCUACGAUAGAAGCUGAGGAAAUAUAUUUGAAGCAGGUUGGAAAGAAAAUGGGAGUGGAAAAAAGAUGUUUCACAGGCAUCAACUUUGAUAAAAAAACUGCAGAAUCUGUUGAAUGUAGGGAGGCUUUAAUGGCUGCAGCUUUGAAGCAUAGGGUUCCAAGUGCUGAAAUACUUGCAGAUAUUGCUGCUCAUUGCAAUGAUAGAAAGCUAGCUAGUAAAUAUGUUAAGGAUUCCUGUGAGAGACUUUACAUGUGGUUUCUCCUGAAGCAGCAGAAGGUCAUAUUAUCAGAAGCAAGAGUAUUAGGACUUGGCCCGAAGUUCAUGUCAAUAUAUAUUCAAAAGCUAGCUGUUGAGAAACGCAUAUAUUAUGAUGAAGUUGAAGGUUUGACUGCAGAGUGGCUUGAUGCAACAUCCACAUUGGUGCUUAGCAUGUCUCCUAAUAAGCGUGCAAAUCGGAGGGGAAACUGGAGGGCAUUGUCAGAAUCUGUGAUGCUAGCUUGUCCAUAUGACCUGAAAGUUACAAUGGAUAAUUCUAAUCAAAAUGAUGCAAUUGAAGUGGAUGCUGCUGUAUCUGAUACGGACAAACAUCAUGAUUCAACAUCUGAAACUUCAGAGACUGAAAUUGAGCCUUCAUUUUUUCCACUCACUGUGCAUCUUCUUUCAACCAUUCCAGUAGCACUUCAUGCUGUUGGUGGUGAUGACGGGCCUCUUGAUUUUGGAGUGAGGUUGUACAUGACCUCUUAUUUUGGGUAAGUUGGUCGUUGUAAACUGGCGGAUUGUGUUUGGUACUUAAUAUUCGAUGUGGUGAAUCUGUUAGACUCUCUUAAUAGAAUGGACUUGCUCCAUUGUAGAAUAGUGUAUAGUGACAGACAUAGGUGGGAAACUUACAUAGCCUAAAUUUGCUAAUGCUUUAUGAACAACAAGGUUAAGGAUUUCUGUUAUAGGUUUGGCAUUUGUGCCUAUUACUAACAGAAUCUCCUUACUGGAAUUGGGGCUUGUUUUUGUUGGCCCGUUCCUUCUACUUAAUACAUGCACGUAUUUUGGUUCUUCUAUAGAGGCUGAAACCAUUUCAUACUUUCUGGUUUUGGUUUGACUGCGACCCAAUGAUUUUUUUGAUUUUGGGUGGCCACUAUGUACUUUAUAUAUGGUUUUCUAAGACAUUUAUAUUUCAGUUUAUGGAAUGGAAUAAUAUAUCAUGACAAUUCUGGAGUAUUUUUAUUUAUAUUUUUCAUUGUUGA